AUGAUCGAUGAAACAAUGCUUAUUACAAUGCUCGCUCAUCAAACUUUCAGUUUUGCCAGCAUAACAAUUUUCAUUCUGAUCGCUAUCAUACAAUGCGGCAAGAAAAAGACCAACGCUCCAGCAAUCGCUGGUGGUCCAGUAGUAACACCAGCAAUUUUACCACCAAUGGAUGAACAGAAGACACAAUCUGUGAUGGAUGAAGGUGGUGAAGGUGAAAAGAAGAAAGAAGAAGAGAAGGUAGAAUCUGCAAAAGAAGUUGGGGAAAAGAAGGAAUCGAAGAAAGAGAGUUCAAAGAAAGAAGGCUCAAAGAAGGAAGGUUCAAAGAAGGAAGGCUCACCACAGGAGG